AGGGAUUCUGGGUAACGGCCCCCCCCCACCGGGGGCGGCGGCUGCGGGGCAGCCGGUUCCGGUCUGCCGGGAGGCCGUUGAAGGUGGCGGUUUGCCGGGCCGGGGGGAGCGGGGUUAUGGAGCGGCCGUGGCCGCCGCCUGGACCCUGGAACCUCCCCGGGGACCGUGGGGAGGAUGACGAGGAGACGGAGCUGGAUGUGUCUCCCUGCUCCUCCCGCUUCCCGCAGCCGCCUGUCGACAGCCCCCAGAUGUAUAGCCAAGGGAUUGAACUGGCUUGCCAAAAGCAGAAAGAGUUUGUGAAAAGCUCUGUAGCAUGCAAAUGGAAUCUAGCUGAAGCUCAACAGAAACUUGGUAGUUUAGCACUUCAUAACUCUGAGUCUCUGGAUCAGGAACAUGCCAAAGCACAAACAGCAGUGUCGGAAUUGAGGCAGAGGGAAGAAGAGUGGAGACAAAAAGAAGAGGCCCUGGUACAGCGAGAGAGAAUGUGUUUAUGGAACAUGGAUGCCAUUAGCAAGGAUGUUUUUAAUAAGAGUUUUAUUAAUCAAGAUAAAAGUAAAGAAAUAGAAGAUGAAGAUAAAUCCAAAUCAUUUAUGCAGAAAUAUGAGCAAAAGAUUAGACAUUUUGGUAUGCUAAGUCGAUGGGAUGAUAGUCAGAGGUUCUUGUCUGACCAGCCAUACCUUGUAUGUGAAGAAACUGCUAAGUAUCUCAUCUUAUGGUGUUUUCAUCUAGAAGCUGAAAAGAAAGGGGCUCUAAUGGAACAAGUAGCACAUCAAGCCGUCGUAAUGCAGUUUAUUAUGGAAAUGGCCAAAAACUGUAAUGUGGAUCCCCGAGGGUGUUUUCGUUUAUUUUUUCAGAAAGCCAAAGCUGAGGAAGAGGGUUAUUUUGAAGCCUUCAAAAAUGAACUUGAAGCAUUCAAGUCAAGAGUAAGACUCUAUUCUCAAUCACAAAGUUUUCAACCUAUGUCAGCUCAGAAUCAUGUUCCCCAUAUUGGUGUUGGAUCUAUAGGUGUAUUAGAAUCCUUACCACAGAAUCCAGAUUAUCUUCAGUAUUGUACAAAUACAGCGCUCUGCAGCUUAAAUUCAGUGGUUCAUAAAGAGGAUGAUGAACCGAAAAUGAUGGACACUGUAUAGUUCAGUUAAGACUGCUAAGGCCAAGUACUAUUUUGUUACAAAAAAAAAAAAAAAAAAAGGAAGAACUUGGCUAUAUUCUUGACACUUUUAUGGGUGCUGCACUUUAUUUUUGUUUGGUUUUUGAUGAGAGGGGAAGAGAGAACUGAAACAUUUUAUAUUUUUUUUCUUUUUUCUUUUUUUUUUUCUUUUUUUUUCUUUUGGAAAAUAUGCUGCUAGGUUUUUUGUUUUGUUUUUGUCUUGGGGGUGAGGGAGUGUUUUUUUUUUUUUUUUUUCCUUGGAGGGAGAAGAGGUACAUCAUAUGUUGCAGGAUGUGAAACUGGACCUUUUCUUUUUUUUUUUUUUUUUUUUUUGGCUACUAAAUUUGCCUUUAAUCCUAUUGUUCUCAAUUUUGAAAUCAAAGUAUGAAAAUCUGCACAAAUACAAUGUUUACAAGAACUGGUUGAUUCUAGGAGGCAUCUGCUACAGUCUCUUUUUUAUAUAGACAUUCAUGUCCUCUACAAAGACAAAGAUAAAAUGUACUUGUAUCAUAUUGCUAAUUUAGAUGUCAAAUCUGGUGUUUCAUCAUAUUAAAAGCAAUAAAUCAGUAAUUGAUGUCCACUUAACGGAGCUGGGUGAUAAGCGAUUAAAAUAGAUAUCUUAUUGGGAUUAAAUUUUUAUUUUUUAUCUCCAAGAUGUGUCAGUUCUAGCCUUUAAAUAGAUGUAAUAACAACAAUUCAUGUUUUCUAUGGUGUUACGGUUUACAAAUCACUUUCUCCAUGAUAGACCUGUGAGGGUAGAUAGUGCAAAUAUUUUUAUCUUACAGAUUAGGAACAGGGCUCUGAAAGGUCUUAUAAUUUCUCCCAUUGUGAUCACACAAUUAGGAAGAAUUGAUCAGAGGUGGGAUUUGAACCCAAGUCUCUUCUUUCCACUACACCAGAUGUAAUUUGAUAUUUUAAGAAAUUCACCCUAAUAUUUAUUCAAAGAUACAUGUAAUAAAUGGUAUUCUUUGCUAGGUGAUUUUAACUUGAUUAUCACACCUUUCAUUAGAAACAAAAAACAAACCUCAAAUCUGUAGAGCACUUUCAAAAUUAGCAUAGUGUUUUGCUCACAACAGCCCUGUAUGAAGCAGGUAAUACAGGUAUUUUCUUCCUUUCGCACAUGAAGAAACUAUAUAUAGAGUUGAAUUAUCUUCCAGAGAUCACAAGGCUAGUAAAAAGGGCCAAACCUGGAUUUAAGGCCAGGUCUUCCAAAUCCAAAUCUAGUGCUCUCUCCACCGAGCCACAAUAUACGUUAUUCGUUUAUAAAUAUUGCAAGAUUUUUUUAAAAAAAUUCAUGUAGGUUCUUCUUUAGAAUAAAAACAAUUUCUCUCAUGUUUAACUUCAUUCCACUAGAUGACCUGAAAAUGUUAAGCAGAGGUUGAGGGUGGGUGGGGAAGGGAAGAUCCAUAAAUGGCCUGUAGACUACAUGUACAGUACCUUCAAGUUAUAGGAUAAUUCAAUUUUUUUAAAUGACUUGUUUAUUCUGUUUUGAAACUUAAUCCCCUGAGCAUAUUGUUAAUAAGGAUAACUCACAUUUACAUAGUGCUUUAAGGGGUAAGUGGCAUCAUAAAGCUGAGUGAUUAAAACUGCUCAAUAAAAGCUAGGUUUUUUUUUUUUUUUUCUUACAAAUAUGGUUAAUUUGUCACAGUGGUAAAUUUCAUUAAACUCUAGCCCAAUCAAAGGAAA